AUGUCAGCCGCACCAACCGAAGUGGGGGGAGGCGUGUCUCAGACGACAGAGGUGCUGCAAGCCAAGCUCGAGGAGACGAAGAUCUCGGAGGAAAAGCCUGUGACGGCUGAACAGGACGACCAAGACGAUCAGGACGACGACGAGGCGCCUGUGGCUGGUGGUGACGCCGACAAGAAGAAGAAGAAAAAGAAGAGUGGCAACAAGAAGAAGAAGAGCAAGACGGUGAAGGCUGCGAUGCAGCAGACAGAUCCUCCCACUAUCGGACUGACGAAAAUGUUCCCUAACGGGCAGUUCCCCGUGGGCGAGGUCCAGCCGUACGAUGAGUCCAAGUUCCUCGACGAGUCGCGGAAGCGUGAGACAGGUGAGGAACGUCGUGAGCGCGAACGACUUGUGCAGCAGCAAGAGGGCUUUGACUACAAUAUCAUACGCCGCGCUGCUGAGGUGCAUCGCCAGGUGCGUCAGUACGCCCAGCGCACCAUUAAGCCUGGCAUGUCGAUGACAGACAUCGCGAACAUGAUUGAGGAUGGCACGCGCACGCUCGUCGAAGCGAACGGAUUCAGCAGCGGCAUUGGCUUCCCAACGGGUCUGAGCUUAAACGAGGUUGCCGCGCACUACACGCCGAACGCGGGUGACAAGCGCGUCCUGCAGAGCGGCGACGUUCUCAAAGUCGACUUUGGUGUGCAUGUGCAGGGCCGUAUCGUUGACAGUGCCUUUACUUUGAACUUUGAGCCGACGUAUGACCCGCUUCUCGCGGCCGUCAAGGCAGCGACGAAUGCCGGUAUCAAGGCGGCGGGUAUCGACGCACGCCUCGGCGAGGUCGGUGCUGAGAUUCAGGAGGUGAUGGAAAGCCACGAGUUCGAGGCAGAAGGCAAGACGCACCAGGUCAAGUGUAUUCGGAACCUACAAGGCCACAACAUUGAGCCAUGGCGUAUCCACGGUGGCAAGUCAGUGCCGAUCGUGGCUGUGCCGAACCUCGACGAAAAGAUGGAGGAGGGCGAGUACUUUGCCAUUGAGACGUUCGGCUCCACGGGCCGUGGCUAUGUCGUCGACUCGGGUGAGUGCUCCCACUAUGCUCGUAAGGCGACGCCGCCGAGUGUGCCGCUGCGCAUCAACAGCGCGCGCCAGCUGCUCUACACGAUCAACAAGAACUUUGGCUCGCUACCCUUCUGCCGCCGCUACCUCGACCGCCUGGGCGAGCAAAACUACCUGCUUGGUCUGCGCCAUCUCGUGUCGCAGGGUAUUGUACAGGACUACCCACCACUCGCCGACGUGCCUGGCUGCAUGACGGCCCAGUUCGAGCACACCAUCCUCCUGCGCCCCACGUGCAAGGAAGUCGUGUCGCGUGGCGACGACUACUAA